AUGUCUCUUGUUCUGGAAGGCCGCUUCUAUGAUACUGCUGCAACAGCUGGCACUGCAGUUGCCUGCAUUCUGGCUUCGCUGCCGCUGUUAAGCCCCUGCUGCAGGCUGUUGCUGCCCCGGGGGUUGAGCAGCAACAACUGCAGCAUCAGGAGCAAGCCAAGUGCUGCGCCUUCCACCUCUGAGUUCCGCACAGCUCCCACGACUCUGGCUUACCGCAUCAUUCUUAUGGUCCCUGUCUACGCUUUGACAUCUUUACUGGCCUUUCUCUUCUGCUCUCCCCAGGGUUCCUUGCAGCAUGCAGGAGCUCGACCCUUAGAACUAGCGUCAGAUUCGACUACCAAUGCCUCCGUUUUCCCAGGAGGCCGUAUUCCAGGUCGUGCCGCUGCAGCGGCAGCGGCAGCAGCAACUGCCCUAAAGCAAGGCAGUGGCGGCUGGAGAGGCCUCUGGCUUCGGGGGGCACGUGAGGCCUAUGAAGUGUAUGCACUCUACACUUUUCUUGAAUUGAUGAUUGCACUCCUGGGAGGAGAACAACAGGCUGUUAACCAGCUGCACCUCAAGGGAACUUUGCAGCAUGUGUGGCCCUUCAACCAUGUUCUGCCUCCAAUGGAAUGCGAUCGAGCGUGGCUAGGUCAUAUCAAACGGCUAGCUGCGCAGUUUGUUUUCGUUAAGCCGGCUGCAUUUGUUCUCAGCGCAUGCAUGCAGCAGGAGGGCUUCUUCUUCGUGGCGCUCAUCAGCAACAUCUCUGCUGCGGUCGCCAUGUAUGCACUCAUUCUUUUUUAUAUGGCAGUGCGGCGGCCCUUGGCUCCAUGGAGGCCUCUCCCGAAGUUUUUAUGGCUCAAGGCCGUCGUCUUUGUGUGCUUUUGGCAAUCCCUUGGACUGCGCUGGCUAGCUGGAUUGUUUAUUCCUGGGAACCGUGAGGCAGCAGCAGCUGCGGCUGCCCGGCUUCAAGACUGGCUUAUUUGCCUUGAAAUGGUCCCUUGCGCGGCAGCCCAUCUAUGGGCCUUUCCUGCUCGGGAAUUCGCCGCUUUGGGGUGUCCAGGUGGCUCCCCCAGGCUUGAAGGGCGACAUGCAGCAGAAGAUGAGUGCUCAGUGCUGCUGCAGGCGGCCAAUUUCGCGGCUGCUUCUGCAUCAACACGUGCAGAUACACCCGGUGCGGAUGCACGCGGCAGAUGCGCUUUCGAUGGAACCCCAGAUGACACCGGAAACGGAAGCGUCCUUAAGAAGCCGCUGCAUCAGCUCAUAACCAGCGUGCACCAGCUGCUGAUGUCGGACGCUGUGCUCAGUGAUGCAACGCAUGCAGUUUUCGGCCCACAGCAGCAACAGCGGGAGUUUCACUUAGAACCACGGUCUUCAACAGGCAUAUCAGGGGGACAGUAA